AUGUCCGCCAACACGUCGACAGUGCCCACGAGGCAAACAACAAUGACAAGCACCGCCAGCGAUGACAUGGCCAUUCCCGAGUUCGAUCCCAACAGCACCGCCGGUAUUCUCGUCCAACGUCUCCGAGCAUGGAAGCACGCCGUCGCCUACCUCGAAGACUAUGUCGAGGCCGUUGAGAAGAUUCACCACUCUCAGGCCAAGGAAUACGAGAAGGUCUUGAAGACCAUUAGCCAUCCCCUGCGGGAAGGAGAUCACUUCUCCCAGCGAUCCACCAAUGUCGUCGGUGUAGCGACCAUGUUCGAGGUUUUGCGCGCCAAUACCCAGGGCAUGAUCACCAGUAACGUCGAGACGCAGAAGAACCUCAAGGAGACCGUCCUUCAAGACCUGAAGAACUUGCACAACGAAAUCAAGGACUAUUCCAAGAGGCUCUCCCACAGCCUGAACAGGGGCGCUAAGGCGGUCGAGAAGUCCCGCAACACGACCCAAAAGCAUAUCGAGUUGCUCGCCCAGCACGUUGCCUCCUUCCCAGCGAGCGGCGCCGACCUCACUCCGGCCGAUGAUCCCUAUGUUCUUCGCCAGGGUGUCAUCCACCGCCUCUACCGCCAGAUUUCAGAUGAAAACAGCCAUCGCACCGAGCUCAUCACCGCCCAAGCCCAGUUCAAGGAUUUCGAGACCAACGUUGUUAAGCGCAUCCAAAAGGCCAUGGAGGACUUCAAUGGGCUCGCCGGUGGUCAUGCUGAGCGUAUUCGUGGUCUCUACUCCCAAGUGCUCCAGACCGCCCAGAACAUUCCGCCUGAGUUCGAGUGGCAGGAAUUCCGUAAGCGCAGGGCCGACGUUCUCGUGGACGAAAACGAACCUCCCCGUGAACUCAACCACAUCCUCCCCACGGUUCCUAACAACGAUAACCCCGCUACCAGGGCGCUCAUCGAAGGCUCGCUCGACCGCAAGUCUCGCAACAAGCUCUCGUGGGGCUACAACACCAGCUACUACGUCGUCACCCCUGCCAGGUACCUCCACGAGUUCAAGGACAACGACCCCAUGCACAAGGACCCCCAGCCCGAACUCAGCAUUUAUCUGCCCGAUGCCAUCAUCGGUGCCCCCAAAGACGAGAAGUUCCACGUCAAGGGCAAGGACAAGUCCAAGGGCAUCACCAGCAAGUUGGCGGGCACCUCGGAGUUGCAGUUCAAGGCCCACAGCGUCGCGGAAGCCCAGAAGUGGUUCGAUGUCAUUAGAAAUGUCACCGGUGCUCUUGGUCCCGGCGUAGCCACGCCCCUCACUACUCCCAGCCCGGACGUCGAGGACAAGAGGCUCGAGGCUGGGGUUAACAACCUGACCUUGAACGAGGCCCAGACGCUGCCGCCUUCCCCCCAUGACACUGGUGUAGUUUCCAGCCCGACCAACAUCUCGCCUGUUGACACCAAGGCUCCGGUUGCCGCCGCCGCUCCUCCUGCUUAUGCUACUGCGGGUGACGCGAAGAUGCCUGUUGCUGCUCCCGCUGCUGUCCCCGCGGCCGUGGCUCCGGAGAAGGGUGCUUUACCCAACUAG